UUUAGAGUGUAAAAAGUAUAUUAAUUAAUAAAAAAUCAAAACGGAAAUCUCUAGGCAGUGUUUGCAAUCUAACUGAAAUGCAUUUAAAAUGUAUUUCAACGCUUUAGUUCGCCGUGAAAAAUUCGUCGUACAGGCAAAAAAGAGCCGAUUUUUAGUAAAAGAAGAAGAAGCACCAGCAGCAGUGAACGAAUACAUGAACAAGGCACAGAGUGAAUGAAAAGUGUGUGAAGAAAGAACUUGCAAAAAUUACAGAAACAACAAUAAGUGAGGCGAAAAGUGUGUUUAGAAAAGAAAUUAAAAACACACGCACACACAUCUACUUACAUAUAAACACACACAUGCUUAUGCAAAUGGAAAUACAUGCGAAAAAAUUGAGAAUUAGUGCAAAAAGUCGUCAGCGAGCGGUUUAAUAAUAAACAGUUAUAUGUAUGUAUGUUGCGCGACAACAUAUGAGCGCUACAAAUACGAAAAAUCAAUGAAAUUGUAAUAAAAUUUCGUGUUUGCUUUCUCGCUCACUCAUUAUCUCCCUUUCUCUCUUUGCCGAUAUUGUAGCCCUCCCACUGUCUCUUGUUGAUUUUGUGAUAAAAUUGCAAUCAGCAGCAACAGUGAGUGACACAAGAACAAAAAACAUUUGGCAAUCUCAAAGCUACUGCUCCUAAAAUACACAACAAAAAAACCAACAGAUAAUUAAACAUAAAAAAUUGUUAAAUACAAUCAAAGUGGUUGUGCAAGAAGAAGCAGCAGCAGCAGCAAUCAGGCAAAAAUACCUGAAAAAAGGAAAAUAAACGGUAAAGCGAAGAAGUGGCGACAGAAGCAAGUCAAGGCAGCAGUAACAGCAAAGCGCGCUAAAAGUUUAUUGUAAAAAUCAAAGUAGAAGGCAUUCAGUGAUCAUUUUUGUUGCUUUUUUGCUUUCGAGCAAGAGUUAAACAACAUAUAAAAACAAUAAAAUAUCAAAAAUGGUGGAGGCAAUAGAGCGGCGGAGAACGGCUGCGUGAGCAGCGCCAGAUCUGAGCGCCAAUUAUAAAAGCAGCAACAGAAACAACUACAACUACAACAAUAAUAAUAACAACAGCGGCUACAGCAACAGCAAUAAUAGUAAGAAGAAGAGCAAACAGCAACAGCAACCAAAAAGCGAAACGAGCGCGCAACAGCCGCUGGUGAGAGAGAGAGAGAGAGAGAGAGAGGCGCAGAGUCGGCGCCGCUGCGAAAAAGUACAUAAUAAAAUAAAAUAAAAAUUUAAAUAAAGUGUAAGUGAAGUGGAAGUUAGAGCACAAAGCGAUUACUGAGCGCCAAGUAAAUCAACCACAUCACAACCUCAAGAAAGCGCAAAGUGAAUAACAACAAAAACAACAUCACAGUAACAACAAAUACAACAGACAACAAAAUGUACGGAAAAUCAAAGACAUCUGCAGUUCCCUCAGAUGCUCAAGCGCGGGAGAAGCUAGCACUGUAUGUGUACGAAUAUCUGCUGCACGUGGGCGCCCAAAAGGCGGCACAGACAUUCCUCUCCGAGAUACGAUGGGAGAAGAACAUUACGCUGGGCGAGCCGCCGGGAUUCCUGCACACCUGGUGGUGCGUUUUUUGGGAUUUGUACUGUGCUGCGCCCGAGCGUCGCGACCAGUGCGAUCACAGCUCUGAGGCAAAAGCCUUCCACGAUUACGGUUUCGUUAGCUCCGGCUAUGGCGUAAACGGUAUUGGACCUGGUGGCCCUCACAACGCCGGCGGACCUGCGCCCAGUCCACUUGGACAGAUGCCGCCUGGCGGCGAUGGUGGUCCAAUGGGGCCUGGCGGACCAAUGGGCCCCAAUUUUUUCCCAAAUUCGACAAUGCGGCCGUCGCCGCCAACGCACGCUUCGAGUCCGCAGCCGCCGCCUUCGCAAAUGAUGCCCGGUCAGCCGCCUUUCAUGGGCGGUCCGCGGUAUCCGGGUGGCCCAAGACCUGGCGUACGCAUGCAGGGUAUGGGCAAUGAGUUCAACGGACCUCCCGGACAGCCCAUGAUGCCGAAUAGUAUGGAUCCGACUCGACCGGGUCCAGGUGGUGGAAUGGGACCGAUGAAUCCGCGUAUGAAUCCACCGCGCGGUCCCGGCAUGGGUCCAAUGGGCUAUGGCGGACCGGGAGGCAUGCGAGGACCAGCGCCAGGCGGACCAGGCGGUAUGCCACCAAUGGGCAUGGGAGGAGCGGGCGGCAGGCCUCCUCAGUGGCAGCCAAACGCAUCGGCGCCUAUGAAUGCCUACUCGUCGUCAUCACCAGGCAAUUAUGGCCCUGGACCCGGCUCAAAUGGUCCGCCUGGACCCGGCACGCCUAUCAUGCCCUCGCCUCAGGACAACACGCAAGGUGGACCUGUUGGGGGACCCGGCGACAGUAUGUACUCUCUGAUGAAACCAGAAUUCCCAAUGGGAGGUGGCCCUGACGGUGGCGGCGGAGGCGGUCCCGGUGGAAUGGGGCCAAUGGGCGGUGGUCCUAACUCAAUGGGCCCUGUACUUAAUGGAGGCGGCGGAGGACCCGACGGCACCGGUCUCGAUGGCAUGAAAAACUCACCAGCCAACGGAGGACCGGGCACGCCGCGUGAGGACUCCGGCAGCGGCAUGGGCGAUUAUAAUCUUGGCGGCUUUGGUGGACCAGGUGAAAAUGAUCAAACUGAAUCUGCGGCCAUUCUCAAAAUUAAAGAAAGUAUGCACGAGGAGGCCAAACGGUUCGAGAAAGACACAGAUCAUCCGGAUUACUUCAUGCCAUAACAACACCAUCACAACCAGCAUCACCAGCAACAGCAGCACCAACAACAUCUCAACACGGUGGCAGCUGCGGUGGCGGCUGUAGUUGCAGCGGCCGCAUCGAACAGCUCGGGAGCCAGCAGCUCCACAGCUGCUUCAAUUGCGGCUGCUGCACUUGGCGCAGCGGCCUCUAGUUUGCUGAGUGGCGGCAGUGUGGGCAACCACAGCAACAACAACAACAACAACAAUAGUAGUAACAGUAGCAACCAAUCUGGCAAUCCAACUGUGCCCUCUGGCGCACAUUUUGCAAAAGAACUCAAUUUCUAAGAAAGAAAAACACGGUAGUGAAAAUCCUUGGUACAUAAGCAUAAACUAAUAUAAUUAUUAUAUAUAAUAGUCGAAAAAGUAAUGCAAACAAAAAAUCGAAAAGAAAAAAUUAACACAAGCCUUUGGCAAAUAUGUAAAAUUGUAAACCAAACAAACAGUAAGAGAAAAGUUAUUAUAACCAUAUAUAGUCCAAGUCAAAUUUGAACGCUAAUGGCGGUUACUACAAUUGCAAAAAGGUGGCAACGCCAAAGCGUAUGUGGGUGACAGUAUCAAAGCAAAGCAAAGCAAAUAUACUUAAGCUUCACUAUUGUUAACUGUAACGUCUAGCAAGUAUUUUGUUACAUUUAGUUGGAACAAGUCAAAACUUAGCCUCCACCAACACACACACACACCUAUAUAUUAACACACACACACACAGACAUAUAUACAACGUCUUACUUAUUUUAGCAAUUUUACAUAAUUAACAGCAAAUAAAAAUGAAUUAAUAUUAAUAACGAUAUGGGAAUAUUCUACAGCUACACCAUCUAUGUA